AUGCCAUCUGGGUGGUUCCUCACGGGGUUGGGAGCCCAUCACCCAGCUCCGGUAGAGCCAGAGGCCGAAGAAGAGAGCAUAAUGAUGGACCUUUUCGAAACGGGCUCCUAUUUCUUCUACCUGGACGGGGAGAAUGGAGCCCUGCAGCAGCUGGAGAUGGCCGAAGGCUCUCCUCUGUACCCGGGCAGCGACGGGACCUUGUCCCCCUGCCAGGACCAAUUGCCCCCCGAAGCCGGGAGCGACAGCAGCGGGGAGGAGCACGUUCUGGCUCCCCCGGGCCUGCAGCCCCCUCACUGCCCGGGGCAAUGCCUCAUCUGGGCCUGCAAAACUUGCAAGAGGAAAUCAGCCCCGACGGAUCGGCGCAAGGCCGCCACCCUACGCGAGAGGCGACGUCUUAAGAAGAUCAAUGAGGCCUUUGAGGCCCUGAAACGCAGGACAGUGGCCAACCCCAACCAGAGGCUGCCCAAGGUAGAGAUCCUGAGGAGCGCCAUUACUUACAUCGAGCGGCUGCAGGACCUCCUGCACCGGCUGGAUCAGCAGGAGAAGAUGCAAGAGCUGGGGGCAGACCCCUUCAGCUACAGCCCUAAGCAAGCAAAUCUCCCAAGUUCCGAUUUCCUGAGCACCUGCAGCUCUGACUGGGAAAAUGUUUCUGAUCAUUCCAGGGCCCUAGCCAUAAGUCCCAGAGAAGUUGGAGGGCCCAUAAUUGAGUCAUCUGCCUCCAGUAGCCUCCGGUGCCUUUCUUCAAUCGUGGACAGUAUCUCCUCCGAAGAACCCAAACUUCUCAGUGUGGAGGAGGUGGUGGAGAAAUAACUGAUCACUUUGCUGCUUCUGGAGGGUUCCUCACUUGGCUUGGAAGAUUAUUCCCUGCUCCACCCCCACCUCCACCCCCACCCCAUUCCUAACCUUUAGAUUAGGUUACCUUGCAUUAAUAUUUUGGGAACCUUGCCCAGGAUCUUCUGAAAGGGUGAAAAUAAAGUGAUAUCUUCUCAGAGAAAACAAAAACAAAAACAAAACAGUAAUGCACUUUGGGACGGAAAACCCUCUCUGCCUUUGGUCUCCUGAGCCUCUCCUGGCAUAGACCUUCCUUUCACCUUUUCCUUUUGGGCUUUAAUUUAUUAGAUUGACUUUUAUCAUGAUGAUGCCUAUUGUACCCUGCUCCGGAGAAGUUCAUUCCUAUCUGAAACUAAAUGGGAAAGUUGUGGUUGAUUGUUAGUUUUUAUUUAACUGUGUUCCUCGGUUUGUUUUGUAAAUACUUUUAGUACUUUCUCUUUUUUAUGUAAAUGCAAGAAUGUAUGUAAACUGGGGAAUGCCAUAUUGUAUAUAAGUGGUUCAAGGAUGCUAGUAUUGUAUAAAUAAAAGGCCUUUCUAUAUUCUCAAAGCCUGUCAAGAA